AUGGCGAUGCCACCGGUAGUCCUCGGCGACCUCUCAACCCAUUUACAGAAAGUCUCAGACGAGCCCACUACGCCACUCGAUACAGAGCUGCUCGAAAAGGCCGAACUCUUCACAAGCACACCAGAAUAUCGGAAUGAAAUAUGGAAGGAGACACGGCCUCUCUUUCUACAAAUUGCUUCACUCCUCCCUCAGCUCCAGCAGGAUCCAUCGCCGUUGACCCAUUUCAUCAUCAAGCUUGCUCAACCAUACCGCUUUGAGGACAUCAAGGAUGUCGAAUUCGAGAUCGGGCUCGAUCUACAAGCGACUCCAUUCCAUGGACUCCUCCUCACAUUGCUUGGUAAAGCCACUGCCAACAGUGUCGAUGCCCAAGAGUUGGCGAAUCGACCUACCGUUAUGCUGUCUAUCGUGCGGUUAUGGCUAUGUACCCCGGAUGCAGGCGUCGCCACACAGGCAGAGGAGCUUCUCAUCUCUCUGCUUGGAGUUUCGAAAAACGAGCCUGCGUUGACCUCAUCCCAAGACCCAUCACACAUAUACGGUACAGGACCAAUGUGGCGGCGGUUGUUCAGCGACAAAGACAUUGCCUCGUUAUACUACCACUACACCUCGUUGAAGCAGCUGAAGACACAUCCACAACCUCUUCUGAGUAAACGCGAUAAGACCAUUGCUCAAGCUAGAUUGCUGUCAUGGCUACCACGGGUAGGUGAGCUAGAUUGGCAUACUUUGGUGUCAUCGCAUGUCGUCGAGAUCGAGCGCGAAGUGGGCUUGAGAGACGGCCAAGGAUUGCUCCAUUAUGCUGCGCUGAAGAUGGUCGAGACUGAAGACGACAUGCUGAUGCAUAUGACUCUCAUCCAUUUCUUCAGUGUACUCAUCACCACUGUCAACACUGCGCCACACCUCACACACUACGACUCAAGCCUGUCGUUAGACUUUGUCAAAAACGAGGGCAUCCAUAAAGGCAUCGUCGACUUCCACACUUCCGACACCCCUGGCAUCGAACACUCCUUUCUGAGCAGUCGAACGGCAAAGUAUAUCAGUGACUAUGCCUCGACCUACCCUGAGAAUUUCGAGAACAGUGACGAUAUGCCGAUAAUACGAAACUAUGUUCAUCGCAACAUCCGCAAGUGUGAAGCAAGCACUUUGGACAUCAUCGCCUCGAUGCCUCGCUCCACCUUGAUCCCUCGUCGCGGCACAGGUCUAGUCUGGGACGAGUGUGUAAUCCUAGACAUGCCAAUCACGCGCACAAAUCCGGAUGCGCUGAAGACUCUGGCUACCGUCUUUCAUGGCCCACAGAAAGAAGAACUCACCUUCCCCAAAGUAGAAUCCAUCGGGUCAGAUCCAAAGCGCCGACAGAGCGAAUCAAGCUAUGCCCGCCUUCUCACCGCGCUCUUCUACUCGAAGAAACCCAACAUGUUCUCAGACAUCGUAUCGCACAUUGAAACUAUUGCCAUGAAGGAGAACGCCCUGGCAGCGCUCGCACUUGUCCGCGCCUUGAUCACGUCGUCGUGGUCCACGGAGCCAGUCCCAGGUCUCGAUCUUGCGAGCGAUACAACUUUCGCUCGCCUCAGCAGCUUUCCAAAGUCAGGCACCGAUGUAAUACUCGACCCCAGCAUUAGCGGCGGAGUUUUGCCUUCAUUAUUGAAGCCAGCGACAACCUUUUCAAACUUGGUGGGUGGCUUAGGCGAUGCAGAGAAUGCCGCAUACCAAGUUGCGAUGGCCAAGUUCGACGUGCUGAAGGCGCUAGGCCGGAAGCUUGAAGAAGACGGCGGACGACAAGACGUGCUGGCAAUGGUACGACGGAGAGUUGGAGAAGGUCCAUGGGGAGUCAGCGGCGGCGUUGGUAGCAGGAUCGGCACAUUAGAACUGUAA